AUGGAAGCAGCGAUUAAUGUUUACUGCGACAUUAUAAACAACAGAAGUUUCCGUCAAAACCGGCUUGCUUGGUACAAACAUGAAGACAUAGGUCUAGCCGCCAUUGCAGACAUGGUUUCAUUGAACAGCUCUGUUUAUGUCUUACUUAGGAAGAACUUUUCUUCUCACCCAUUUUACAUAUCGAUCUUGAAUCAGUUUCACAGCGUUAUGAUGAACCAAGUACUGGGUCAAGCUUUAAAAUUUUACAAGUGCACUCCUGGAGAAAUGUCUAAGGAACAAUACGAAGUGUUUUUGAAGUAUCGAACCGGCUAUACUUUUUGUUUGCCUUUCAUUCUGGCUCUUUAUUUAUCGAAAAAGUAUACCGAAGAGUUGAGUAAAGAGAUAGUUCCGAUAUUGUUGCAGAUGGAAAAGUUUCACCAAGCUGAGAAAGAUUUUCAUAACUGGUUUGUUAAAACUGAAGAAGAACCUUAUAAUGAUAUUGAGGAUGGUAAAUGUACUUGGUUGGCAGUGGAAGCUUUGGAUAAACUCAACCUCCGACAGCGAAAAAUAUUUUACGACAACUACGGAAAAAGCAGAAAUGAAUCUAUUAUGAUAAUCAAAAAUUUGUAUAAAGAUCUGAGUAUGCAAGACCAUUUCGCAGAAUACCAAGAGAAAUUUUUCCUGUUUCUUUCCGGCAGUAUAGGAAACCUUCAAAAUGGGCAAAGAAAUUGGCUUCAAGCAUUCGUACGAAAGAUCUAUAAUCAAGAUAUCAGUUGAAUUGUAAAAACGGGGCUGAUCUAGAAUGGAUUUCAACGUUAAAAUGUAUUAUUAUUAAUUUUUUUCACAAUCAUAAUCAGUUUUCAUGAGUGAAAAUGUAUCUCUUAUUUGAGUAACUUGUUACCAUAAAAGAUGGAAGAAUAGAAGUAACGCUAGUUGCACA